AAUAAUAAGAUGAACAAGAGAAAGAAUAAAGAGGAGGUGCAAAGACCUCCUCCAAAGAAGAUAGAGAUUGAAGAAGAGGAAGAAGAUAUUGAAGAUAUUGAAGAUGAUCAAGUUUAUGAAGAUGACGUAGAACAAGAUGAUGAUGUUAACGAAGACGACGAGGAAGACGAUGAUGGAGUUGACGAAGAUGAAGAUGGGGAUGAAGAUGGAGAUGAAGUAGACGAUCAAGGUACAGGAUUAAAGAAGAAGAAGAAGAAGAAUUAUGUUAUCAAACCAAUGUCACAAGAUAAGAUAUUGGAUCUGCAAGCCAAGAAUCAACAGAAGGGUGUAAUAUACCUAUCGACUAUACCAGCAAAGAUGACUGCUGCUAAACUGAAGAACCUACUACUCAAGCAUGGUUCAGUUACAAGAAUGAAGUUACUCAAAGCCAACGUCGAGAGAAAGGCAAAGAGAAAUGAUAUGUUCAAAGAAGGAUGGAUAGAGUUUAGUGACAAGAAGGAAGCUCGUAGGAUUGCACUCAUUCUUAAUAAUCAACCAAUGGGUGGCAAGCAAAAGGAUAUACAUAGGGACUGUCUGUGGAAUAUUAGGUAUCUGCCAAAGUUCAAGUGGUACCAUCUGAUGGACAAGUUGGUGCAGAAGAAGUUGGAGCGUGACAAGCGUAUACAUAUGGAGUUGGAUCGUGUCAGAAAAGAGAACUCAUCCUUCCUGAAUCAGUUGGAGCAUUCAAAGACUGUCGAUCAUAUCAACACCAGGUCAAAGAACAAGAACAAGGUAGUUGACGACGACAAGGUAGUAAGAACAUUCAAGCAGAGAACUGUUCACGACCAGUCCACUUCAGACAAGCCAAACAAGAAAGUAAGAAGG